AUGUACAUUCAUGUCUAUAAUCAGAAAAGAGCAAUAACAUUUAGUCGAAAAGAAAUGGAAAGGUUGAAUCAGUUAAUAUAUUUGCAUCAUGUGAAUAUAAAUACAUUUGCUGGUGUAGCAUUCAACCAACAAUCUCAAUUAGUCUCUUUAUGGUCAUUCUGCGUUCGAGGAAGUUUAGACGAUAUCAUAUUCUCAAGUGAUCGUGAGUUAGGUCGAAAUUUCCAGGCAACGUUCAUCAAGCAUAUUCUGAAUGGCGUCCAAUAUAUACAUCAAAGUUCAAUCAAAGCUCACGGAGCUCUGUUUUUAUCAAAUUGUGUUGUUGAUGGUUAUUGGGUUGUGAAACUGACUGAUUUCGGUCUUAAAGGUAUUUUACAUAAUAAGAUGGUACAUAAGGACUUGAUUGCUGGAUCCUAUGACAGCCUAGAGGAUCUACCAAGAUGCUAUCUUCAAUAUCCUCCUGAAUACUUGGAGACAAUCAAGAAGCAUAAAGAUGUUUAUGCAAUAGAGCCGACUGUUCAUGGCGAUAUUUAUCAGAUUGGAAUGCUGAUUUAUCAAAUUCUCUUCGUUCGCCGUCCUUUCUGUGAACGACGUGAGAGUGUUGAAGAGAUUAUCGAUUUGGUCACCUCAUCUUCUUCUCCGUUUCACCCGGUGCUGCCUGAGAAGUCACCAGACCUUACUCUUCGACUCGUUUCAAUUAUCCAACAGUGUUGGCUGGUAAAAACCUCUGCACGUCCAGCUUUGUUCAAAAUCAUUGACGCAAUUGCUAGGGAAUUCGGAAAACAAGGGGGCACACUCAUUGAUCAGUUGAUCAAGAUGGUUGAUGAGUACUCUGAUAACUUGGAGCAAAUCGUCGCUGAACGAAUAUCGCGAAUUGAAGAGGAAAGGUUUCGAACACAACAAAUUCUUCAUCAGGUUAUGCCAAGAGAAGUGGCAGAAGCUUUGUGUGAUGGUCAACAGCUUAAGCCACGCCUUCAUCCAUCCGUAACCAUACUUAUGGUGGAUGUGUGUCAGUUUUCUGAGCUAUGUGAAUCAUGCAUUCCUGUCCAUGUGCUGGAAAUUCUACAACAACUAUACUCGUCAUUUGAUCAAAUAAUUUUAAAAUUCAAAGCUUUCAAGGUUGAAAAUGUCGGCGACGCCUACCUUGUUGUGAGCGGAAUUCCGGAUUUACCGGACAACCUACAUUUGACGGAAAUUUGUCGAAUUUCUCUCGAACUCAAAAAGUUUAUGAAAACACUGGUUGUACUUCAUCGACCGGAUUAUACAUUACGAGUCAAAAUGGGAAUAAGUUAUGGAGCUGUGGCUGCUGGAGUACUUGGUUUAACAGCUCCGAGAUUUUGUGUUUUUGGCGAAAGUGUUAAUAUGGCUUGUCGUAUGGCUGGUACAGGCGUUCCCAGCAAAAUUCAAGUCUCAGAGAAUGCCAGUGAGCUUAUACAGCGAGAUUUUCCGGAAUUUCGUGUGGAAGAACGCGGCACAGUUAUACUUAAAGGUAAAGGUCCUGUCACGACAUUCUGGCUGCUCGAUAACACUGAAGAUGCGACACCCAUGGAUCCUCAUAAUGUGAAUUGA